AUGACCAACAACUCUUGCUUUGUUGUUUUUUUGAUAACCGAGAAAUCUCUGAACAAUACUAGUGCACAGUUCAAAACUCGGUGGAUACGGGCCCACCCAUCUACCUUUCUCUACUUAAAUACCUGGCUUUGGUUUGCGGCGAGUGUCGAACUUGUGACGUGCACCUAUACCACGCAUCACGCGUUGCGCUCUUACCACAGGACCAAAGCCCUGAGGGCCUCUUGCUUCCUUGUUUUCUUGGUGGAUAAAUGGAGUCCUAAGUCCUGCAAAGCAGUUUCUGUCAUAAAUACUGUCAUUGUUGGUUGCAAUGAUGAGGGGUAUAAUGCUUUCUCUACAGUUGAGCAUGUAUUAAAUGAUCGAUUACUGCAUUUGGCCACCAUUGAUAUUCAAGAUGUAAAGGUUCGAGAGAAGUUUUUAUCGUUGAGGAAAAGUACUAGGAUGGAUAUAGCUGCAGCCAUUGAGGAGGAACUUUACAAUGCAAGGCUGACUUUUGAGCAAGCCCGCUUUAAUCUGGUCGGUGCUCUUUCUGCGGUUGAGGCCAAAAAGAAGAAUGAAUUGUUGGAAGCUGUUGGCAGUAUGAUGGACACUCAUCUUCGGUAUUUCAAGCAGGGUUAUGAACUUUUGCAUCAAAUGGAGCCUUAUAUCAACCAGGUCUUGGCUUAUUCACAGAAAGCUCGAGAAAGUUCCAUGUAUGAGCAGGCAGCUCUCAAUGAGAGGAUGCAAGAGUACAGAAGGAAAAUAGAUCAAGAGAGGAGACGUUCGUUCAAUGGGUCUCCAAAUGGUGAUGUCAUACAACCUUUUUCCAGGAGUUCUCACAAACUUAUAGAAGCAGUCAUGCAGUCUGCAGCUGAAGGAAAGGUACAAACUAUAAAACAAGGAUACCUGUCAAAACGUUCUUCUAAUUUAAGAGGUGACUGGAAGAGAAGAUUCUUUGUUCUAGAUAGCAGAGGAAUGCUGUACUACUAUCGAAAACAAUUGAGCAGACCGUCUUUUCAGGGUUCUGGCAGUCCACUCCUUUCACACAGAUGUUCUUCCCCAGAACCGGGAUCAGGACUGCUGAGUCGUUGGCUUUCUUCUCAUUAUCAUGGAGGUGUACAUGAGGAAAAAACUGUUGCACGUCACACGGUGAACCUACUGACAUCAACAAUAAAAGCGGAUGCAGAUCAGUCUGAUCUGAGAUUUUGCUUCAGAAUAAUUUCACCAACAAAGAAUUAUACUUUGCAGGCAGAGAGUGCAGCGGAGCAAAUGGACUGGAUAGAAAAAAUAACAGGAGUUAUUAGUUCGUUGCUAAGUUCCCAUACACUUGAAAGGCAUUUCUCUGCUAGUCCCACUAGCGAAAGUAGUUCUAUAGGAAGUCCCAUUGAUCAUGAUCAAAGAGCAACGGAAGAGUACACAUCUGGGAGGGAUCUUACUGGUAGAUCUUUCAUACGCCCAUCCAAAAGUUCAGUGCAUAUUCUCAGCACGAAAAUAGAGAAACCAGUUGAAGCACUAAAAAGGAUACUUGGGAAUGAUAAAUGUGCUGAUUGCGGUGCUCCUGGACCAGAAUGGGCUUCUUUAAAUCUUGGAAUUCUUAUAUGCAUUGAAUGUUCUGGUGUUCACCGGAACUUUGGUGUACAUAUAUCCAAGGUAAGAUCUUUGAAACUUGAUGUUAAAGUGUGGGAGCCUUCAGUCAUAACGCUGUUUGAGGCACUGGGUAAUGUGUUCGUGAAUUCUAUUUGGGAGGAGCUGUUGCAUGCAAGAAAAACGUUUCAGGCUGAUGAAAUACCAAUGCGGUUUUUUGAGUCUGAAAAACACAAACAGUUCUUUGGCAAACCCAGUUAUGCGGAUCAUAUUUCAGUAAAGGAGAAAUUCAUUCAUGCAAAGUAUGCAGAAAAACGUUUCAUUCACAAGGUGAGGGACACUACACACCUUCUUUCAGUUGCAGAACAGUUGUGGGAAGGUGUCCGUGCAAAUGACAAGAAAGCUGUAUAUCGUCUCAUUGUUGUCUACCAAGCCGAUGUUAAUGCAGUCCAUGGGGAAGCAUCACCUGGCAGUGAUUGUUCAAGCUCAUUUAACCCACAAAGUGAAAAUGAAGAGCAUUGCAUUGAUGAAUUUCUUGAUGGUUGUUCCCUACUUCACCUAGCUUGCCAAACUGCUGAUAUUAGCAUGGUGGAGCUGCUUCUGCAGCAUGGUGCCAACAUAAAUGCUUGUGAUUCACGAGGUCAGACCCCACUGCAUCAUAGUGUUAUGAGAGGAAGAACUGCAAUUGCCAAACUGUUACUUGCGAGGGGGGCCAACCCACACGUUGCUGAUCUUGAAGGCAAGACCCCGUCUCACCUUGUCUCAGAAUUAGCCAUCAACGACGUUGAGAUUCUUGCCCACCUGAAAGUUGCAAAUAGAUAGCAGCAGCACAAAGGUUUCUCAGAGAUAAGAGUUUCCACGUCCCACAAAGCGAUGCUUUGCCUUCAAAGCGACGAAGGUUUUAAGUUAUCCCGGAAAGCAGCUUGCUCAGUCCAGGUCUUUAUUCUGCCAAAGGAGGUUUUAUUAUGUGCAGACCUCAGAGAAUGAAAGAGAGUAUUUAUCUCUUUGGGUUGGCGAAGUUGAGCCAAAAGAUUAUAUAACACAGAGGGCUAAGUUACAAUGGAUAGUUGGUUUGCUGCUUCGUGCAUGCCUUUCUUCCAAAAACCUUGAUUUCAGAAUGAAAUAUGAAUUUGUAGAGCUCAUUCUUCAAGCUGCUUGGUACGCGUUGCUCAUUGUUUGUUUUUUAGCCCUUUAAAUUCUUCUCCUUGAUUCUUUACACAACUUCCAAAAUUAGGAAGUAGAGUCAUUGUACAUAGUACAUUAUACUAAAUUAGAUUGAGGUGCUUUAUUUACCAAUCUAAUUAUCUGAACUUUGUUAGAACUAGGAGUAGCUGCUUCAUUUAGGAGCUGAAGAAACUAAAGGGGUGAAUUGCUUUCUUGUUCUUAAGAGCAGAAGUGUCAAAGUUUAGCCUUGGCUUAUUACUGACGUUAAUCAAUUAUUAAUAUUUGUUCUCGUACCUAGUGUAAA